AUGUUAAGCAGCAAGCCACACGAUAUUCCCAAUGUUUCUCCUGCUAGAAUUAGACAUGCUAUUGUUGAAGGAAGUUGGGGCAAGGUCGUUUCCGUUAUUACCUGGUAUUACGUCCAUGAAGGGAAGGACCGUGCUGCUAAAGUGGUGAUUGAAGCCAUAGAUGCAGACAAGACUCUGAUCACCUUGAGGGUUGUGGAGGGAGAUAUCCUCAAGGAUUUCAAGACCCUGAGCGCUAUCUUGCACGCAGUUUCAAAGGAUAAAGGGAGUUUGGUGCACGUCAUUAUGGAAUAUGAGAAGCUGAAAGGUCACACUCCCGACCCUCACCCUCUCAUAGACUUAACCGCUGAAGUUGUCAGAGACAUUGAUGCUCAUCUUGUUACCCAGUAG